GAUUAUUAUAAAUUACAAAUCUCCUCCUUCACUCCAUCACUCCACCACCCACACCCACACCCACUGCACACAUUAUUUGUCCUCUCUAUCUCUCUCUACUCUGUAGGGUUUCACUCUCUAUCUUUUAAUAAUCCAACUUACUCAGUCAUACACGUGCCUCUGGGGACUCUCCCUUACCUUCAUUUACACUACCCUUUGACCUCUCUCUCUCUCUCUCUCUCCAACAACAUCAAGAAAGAUAUAGCAGCUUAGAUUUUUCAUGGAAGGCUUACCGGAAGACGCCGGAGAUGGCAGCAUGCUCUGCACCGAGCAUCCAUUCAAGAACAACACACCGGCAGGGGGUAUAUGCGCCUUUUGUCUUCAAGAAAAGCUCGGGAAGUUGGUGUCUUCUUCUUUUCCGAUAGCCGUUUUUCCUUCGUCUUCGUCUUCUUCUCCGUCGUUCAGAUCUGACAUUGGUGGUGGUGGCGGGAGCGCCACCACCGUCGUCCCACCACGGUUGACAAACCAGACUUCCUUAUUGGUUUCAAAUACUCAAAUCACCCCGAGUAACACCACGAAUGAGUGUCACUAUCAUCAGUAUUAUUCUAAUCGAUCAAGGAUACUUUAUUUGCUUAGUCAAAAGAAGAAGAAAAAGAAAGAUCUUAACAUUAUUGUCGACGGCGGCGGCGGACAUGGCCACGAUCGGAACAAAAAUCUUAUGUUUAAGAGAAGCAAGUCGACGGCCACGCCUAGGCGUGGCGGGGGGAUGCAUUUCAUGGAUGCAGAUAAUGUCGACGGUUUUAACAGCCCUCAUAAACGUGGGUUUUGGUCGUUUUUGUACUUGCAGAAACACUCUCAUUCUUCUUCAUCAACCAGGAAAAAUAUCAGAGACAUUUCUUCGAACAGUAUGGGUGCGUCGGCAUCGGCGGUUGGUUCUUUCCCUCAAGUCCAAAGAUCUCGUCAAGAUAAAGAUACAAUAGUGGUGGAAGAGAAUGAGAGUCCUUGUCACGCUUCGUUUGACCGAAAGGUGUCCAGAUCCAGAUCCGUCGGGUGCGGCAGCAGGAGCUUUUCCGGCGACUUCUUCGAGCGGAUCUCGACGGGAUUCGGCGACUGCACGCUCCGCCGCGUGGAGUCGCAACGCGAAGGCAAGUCGAAAGUCUCCGGCAUGCGCGGCAACGGGGGCCAAGAUUGCAUCAAGGAAAGAGUCAGGUGCGGUGGUUUAUUUAGUGGGUUUAUGAUUACUUCAUCAUCAUCUUCUUCUUCCUCAUCCUCUUACUGGGUGGCUUCAAACCCAAAUGAAGGCACCACCGCUGGUAAUGUCAAUGCAGCCGGAAAAAUGACUUCAACAGGCGGAGCCGGAGCCGGAGCAGGGCAGAACCAACAGCAUUCUCAUGGCCGGAGCAAGAGCUGGGGAUGGGCGUUGGCAAGCCCGAUGAGAGCAUUCAGUAAGCCAUCUUCAACCAAAAGAGAAGCUUCAAACAAGAAUCAAACUCCAAAUUUGGCUGCAAUUCCUUCCUUGUUGUCAGUGAGAAGCUAAAGAUUUGAUCAAGUUUCAACUUCAACUUCAUUUUCUCAUUUAAAUUAAUUUUUAUUGGUUUUUUUCCUAUUAAACAUGAGAUAGGAAAAAGAUCAAGAAAAAUAAGGUAAAUGGGAAAUGAAAAUAAUAAGAUGUAGGUGAAAUUACCAUUAAUUAUAAUAUAAUACCCUUUUUAUUGAGUAAGUAUACAUUUUAUUUAGUGAGUAUUGGUAAAUUUGUUCUUUUUGGUUUUCAUGCCAAUGUUUGUUAAUGGAUUGGUGUUGAUUUUGUAUUUUUGUUAUUAUAAUAUGAUCAUGAUUGUUUUGUAUGA